AGUGUUGAGUCGUAUCAUGUGAUUAUCUCUUGCUGUGACUGUGCUGGAGGAGCUAUGUGGGAAUAGUUGUUGUUUUUGACAGCAGAAGAAGCUCCCGUUUUUGUCCCGGAGGUCGGUAACACGAUGCAGAACGUGAUAAACUCAGUGAAGGGCACCGCGCUCGGAGUGGCGGAGUUUCUCACACCUGUGUUAAAGGAAUCUAAAUUUAAAGAGACUGGAGUCAUCACACCGGAGGAGUUUGUUGCAGCUGGAGAUCACCUGGUUCAUCAUUGUCCCACAUGGAAAUGGGCCUCUGGGGAAGAAGUGAAGGUGAAGCCAUAUUUGCCACAGGAUAAACAGUUUCUCCUGACACGUAAUGUCCCCUGCUACAAGCGAUGUAAACAGAUGGAGUACUCAGACGAGCUGGAGGCCAUCAUAGAGGAGGACGAUGGAGACGGAGGCUGGGUGGACACGUACCACAACUCAGCCUUGUUAGGAGUCACAGAUGCUGUACGAGACAUUUCCCUGGACAACAAUAAGGACAAGAACAUGAACGCCACAUCUGCGGCGAAUUGUGACGAGGGCGAUGGUGAAGACGAUGAAGACGAAGAAGCAGCAGAUAUGGAAGAAUACGAAGAAAGCGGCCUGUUGGAAACGGACCAGGCGACCCUGGAAACCACUAAGAUGGUUGACACUAAAGCCAAGGCAGAGCUGGGGAGCGAAGACGCCAUCCUGCAGACGAGAACAUACGACCUGUACAUCACAUAUGAUAAAUACUACCAGACCCCUCGACUCUGGCUGUUUGGAUACGACGAAGACAGACAACCACUGACUGUAGAGCAGAUGUACGAGGACAUCAGCCAGGACCACGUGAAGAAGACGGUCACCAUCGAGAACCACCCGCACCUUCCUCCACCUGCCAUGUGUUCUGUACACCCCUGCAGACACGCUGAAGUGAUGAAGAAGAUCAUCGAGACCGUGGCAGAAGGAGGAGGCGAGCUGGGAGUGCACAUGUAUCUUCUCAUUUUCCUCAAGUUCGUCCAGGCCGUCAUUCCCACAAUAGAAUACGACUACACGCGAAACUUCACCAUGUAGCUCCGUGAAUAUCUCCUCCGUACACACGAGAAGGAUCGGCUCUCUUCUGCCUCUCUGUGAGAUUUGAUCUGCUAUGUGUGACUCUGCAGGACACGAGGAAUGUCAAAGGAGCAGUCUGAUGUUUUCAUGCAGGCCGGCGUCGCACGAGUCAGAUGAGAUUCAGAGUUAGAAUCACGACCGAGUGUGAGAGCCACACUAAAGAAACAACAUCAGGAGAUUACAGCAUUAGAGGUCAAAUAAUCAGAAUAAAGUCGCAAUCUUUUGAGAAAACUGGAGUCUGUGGUGAACUUAAAGUUAUUCAAAGGAGUGUGUAUUCAGUUCCAUCUUCAGUCCUGUUAAAUUACAUUAUCUUUAUAUUUAUUUUUGAAAUAAUUACGACUUUUGUCCUGAAUUUUCCUGAUUUAAUUCUCAAAACUUUUCACAACAACAAAAACUUCACACACAUUUUGAGGAGAUCUGAGAUUUAUUUAAACUGGUUGAAGAGGAGGAGGAGAUGUGACCUUUAAUGUGGCCCUAAUACUCGGUCGUACAGAACACAGACGGAUGUUUUCUGUCUUUCUAGCUACUGUCUUAUUUACUCAUUACAUAUUUGAGUUUCUCCUGUGGAAAACAGAAAAUGUCAGUUUGCAGUGAUCGACUAAGCAGGUUCUAAGUUUCCAAAAUCUUCCAGUCAUCUCUCUGAACUCAAUCAGAAAAACAAACAAACAAACCCUGAUUUCUCGUCUGACUCGGGCGGCAGCCGGCUGAAUGCUGAACGUCAGACUCCUCCUCUCAUGUCUCUCUGCAGCUUUUUAAAGUUGUGACAUCGGCCUCACUAAGCUCCUGUUAUGACGAUUUCAUUUCUGUAACAAAACAAAAAACUCACCUCAUUCCACUCUGCAUCUAAACGAGUAAUCAGCUCUGAUUCUGCAAAACACAACAGCCUCCACGUAGUGAGAAUUAAACGUGUUAUAGAAAACAUGUCGGGAUUAAUAACAGUCAUUUAUCACAAGAACAGACACAGAUGUUAAAGUUGUAUAUGUUUUUCUUUUGGCCACUAGGGGGCAGCAAACACAGCCGUAAACAAAAUUUGCAUCUCUUUCUUUUUUUUUUUUAAUGAAUGUAAGUCUGAUGUUUUUCUUUCUUGGGUGAGAGGCGGGGUUACCCGUCAAUCACAGACCACCAGCCUCCACACUGACGGUUAAUUUAGAGUCCACAGUUCACCUAGCGAGCAAAAAAUGAAAUGAAAGAAAAAUGAAAACAGCAAAGAUUUGGGCCAUCAAACCAAAAUAAUGAUCAUGCCCAACCCUGCACUCUUUUAGUUUCCUGUUCAGCACAUCCACGUCUCGUAGAAACCUUUCAAUAAUCAUCAGAAUAAGAUCUCAAAUCUGAACAGUUUUUGAUGUGUUCACGAUGAAGAGUCUCAGUCUAUAGAAGCUUCUUGAUUAUUAAUAUUGCUGCUCUGCUUCACUGUGGUGAUUUUCAUUGAUGCACUUUGCAGGCUGAGCCUCGUUGUUGAUGAAGCUCCUCAUGCCGGUUUGUCUUAAUGCUUUCUUCUCUGAAUGUUCUGAUGUGCGCCCCGUUUAUUCGUCCACUCAUGUUUACAGGCUUUUUGUGAUUUUAUUUUACUUCAGUUUUUUUUUUCUUUCCUCUGCAGCUUCUGUCACAACCUUGAGCUUUUAUUUGUCUUUGCCUCUGCAGCGUGACGCAUCUCCUCCUGUUGUGUCUAAGAGCUCUGUGUGAAGGUCGGCUGUGAGCUUGAUUGUGCAGCAAAAACAAACUUCUGUUAUCGUCACGAACCUCUCAAUAAAUCCUUCAGUGAAUAUCUGGACUGUGUCUUUUGGAUGGUGUUUCUGUUUGGCUCAGCAACAUGUUUAAACUUCAUAAUAUACCUGCUACAGUGAUACUCGCUUUGUUUUCCUGAAUAAAAUACUCACUCAACGACCUGCUCUGAUGUUGGCUGAUGCCACUUUGACAUUUUAAAGAUUCAUAAAUAAAAAGUGUUGCAUCAG